AUCACAUCAGUAUCACUAUCACAUCACCAGUCACCACAGAUGAUGCAAUUAUUUGUAAUUUUUGUGUGAUCAAUCGUAAUCUGCCAAGAAGGUUUGAAUUGUCUAGUAAUUUUUUGUAAAUAUGCCUCUUUCUGAUUGGAUUCAUAGUAUUUUAGGGAACCAUCAUGAUGGAUAUGGAAGACCACCUGAUGUUGGAAAGAACAGUACCGGUAACUUUGGUCAGAAUAAUCCCAAAACACCACCUAUGGCGCCUGAAGAUGAUGAUAUUUUAAGGCAAUUUUUCCCAACAUUUGAACCUAUGAUGGAUCCAUUUGAAAUGCACCACCAGUUACAACAGCAAAUUAACGAAAUGAUGCAGUCUUUCAUGGCCCAUAAUGGGUUACCUGGAUUUGGAACGUUUGAAGGUCCUGAAGUUCCUGCGAUCACUGAAAAACAAGACCCGAGAGAUCAGUACCUCAAGCCAGGAGUAAGAAGGAUGCCCCAAAGUGAUGUGGGGGAGAAUAACAAUUUCAGAUCUGGGCCCAUCACAUCAUGGCUUGACAAGUUUGCCCCAAAACCUGAUCAGGACCGAGGUACUAAUCAAUCGCAGGUUAUUUCCUCCUUCCAAAUGUUUUCUCGGACGGUUACUUUGCCUGAUGGAACUGUGAAGACGGAAGAAAUAAUUCGCAACCCAGAUGGUUCGGAGGAGAGGAUAGAAUCUCACUCCAAAGUGGAUGGAAGUGGCAAUCCAGCAGUUCAGCAGUUCAGUGCUCUAGUCGAACCAAAUGUUCCAGGCACAAUCUGGUCAGAUAUCUUUAACUAUGGAUCAAAAAGCCAGAGGAUAGAAUCGCCGGAGUUUGAAGAUCCAAAAUAUCAAUGUCUCAAACCUGGAUACGAAAACUUGGACCCUAAUAGCAAAAAAAUUGACACAGAUCUUGAUCAAAUCAUUGAAAAAGAAGGGAUUGAGAGUUUCAUAAAAAAUUUGCCUCUUGUCACCAAAGAACCAGGGCCUGUUCAACCAAAGAUAAACUCAGGUUUUGAGAGUUUCAAAAGAAGGAUUGUAACCCUCCCAAAUGGAGUUGUGGAAAGGGAAGAGGUGGUGCGUAAUGCUGAUGGUACUGAACAGCGUACAAUCACACAAACUUGGCCUGACGGAACCUCCAAACAACUCAUCGUGCCAGAGUCACCUUUUGCCGGUCAAAGCCAGAAUAGUAUAACAGACGGACAUUAUGAUGUACUUUCUGCGACUCUGCGUGGUGUAAAAGAUUUUGUGAAUAUUCUGUUUAAAUAGUUCUAUGUUUUAUGCUUGUACAGUUUAUUGUGUUUGUAUAUUAUUUUGCAGAAAUUUUCUUUAUUUCUAAAUUGUACAUUGAAAGACUUUAUCUAAAUAUAUAAGUUUGUUGUCA